GUAGGAAUUCAUUCACGCUGGACAGUUGAGCAGUCUGAGAUGUUCUCGACCGUCUAGAAUGCAAAAGAUACAAUUAAGUGCUUCUACUACUGUUUCUUAACUACUGUUUAUAGCUAACCCCAUUUUGAGUGUGGUUCACAAAUUAUAGCCUGUUUCAUAAAGGAAGCAAUGCUUUGAUUAUUGUAAAAUAAAGCAAUUUUAGUAAUUUAGUGUUUAUGUCUGUGUGCCUGUAAUCAUUUUUCUGUAAAAUCAUCCAUUACAUAAAUUGUGUACAUGGAGAUUUCUUUCAGAUUAUAUUUAGUCAACAUUAUUUGUAGGCCAAGUAAAAUAUAAUGUGUGUGGCAUUUAAUUAAGCCUGUUGAUAGGAGAGAAAGUGUGAUUAGAGUUGAUAAAAGAUAAUUGAGGACUGUAAGGCAAAAUUUAUGCACAGCUUUCAAGCUGAAGAAAAGAGAGAGAAGAAAUAUAAUGUUAAAAAGAAGGGAGAGUGUGUGAAUGGCUAUCAAAGAAUCUGAUUAAAAAUGGAUAUAUUUGAAGCUCCAUUGAAGGAACAUGUUUGAAAUCGGAGAAAGCCAUAAUGACAAGACUCUGGAAAGGAAUGUUCUUUUGAGAAAAUAGUAUUUAUUUAAAAAUGGUUGUACACGGCCUUGGCAAGAGAUGGUACGGCCUGCAGUAUUUUUUGUAGAGUGUUAUCCCAAUCUCUGUAUAUUUUUCUGUGUAGGCAUAGAAAGGAUUCUGAAAAUUUUGCAGGGUAUUAGAUGUUGGAAGGUUUUUAAAUUGCCCUGUUUGGAUGAAAACCUAUAAAACCUUGAACAAAAUUUUAUCCCGCAACUCUUAAUUACAAAGAGGAAAAAAUGCCCCCUUCAACAACUGCACCGCAAUAUGCUCCCCCUGAUGGCGGAUGGGGCUGGGUCGUGGUCUUCGGGGCAUUCAUCUCCAUUGGAUUUUCCUAUGCAUUCCCUAAAGCUAUCACAGUGUUCUUCAAGGAAAUACAGGAUAUCUUCCAUACAACAUAUAGCCAGAUAGCUUGGAUUUCAUCAAUCAUGUUGGCUGUGAUGUAUGCAGGAGGCCCCUUAAGCAGUGUCUUGGUGAACAGAUAUGGAAGCAGGUCAGUUAUGAUAGCUGGAGGAAUCCUCUGCUCCUUUGGAAUGAUUGCCUCUUCUUUCUGCAGUAGUGUCCUGGAGCUUUACAUAUGCAUAGGUGUUAUUGGAGGUUUUGGCUUAGCUUUCAACUUGCAGCCUGCCUUGACAAUGAUCGGCAAGUAUUUUUAUAAAAAGCGUCCCCUUGCUAAUGGAUUGGCCAUGGCUGGAAGUCCUGUAUUUCUAAGUACUCUGGCACCUCUUAAUCAGUAUCUUUUUAAUGUUUUUGGCUGGAAGGGAAGCUUUCUCAUUUUGGGAGGCCUGCUCUUGAACUGCUGUGUGGCUGGGUCACUUAUGAGGCCUGUUGGACCAAAACCACCACCUGCAACAAAAAAAGAUGUGGAAAAAGGAAAAGGAGACUCUGCUUUGCACAAAAAUGACAAGAAAUCUGCUUGGCAAACUAUCAACAAAUACUUAGAUUUAUCCCUUUUCAAACACAGAGGGUUUCUCAUUUAUUUGUCUGGGAAUGUUAUCAUGUUCCUUGGCUUCUUUGCCCCAAUUGUAUUCCUGGCUCCUUAUGCUAAACACAAGGGGAUUGAUGAGUACUCAGCGGCUUUUUUACUCUCUAUCCUGGCUUUUGUAGAUAUGUUUGCUAGACCAUCAAUGGGUCUAAUUGCAAAUUCAAAAUACAUCCGGCCAAAAAUCCAAUAUUUCUUUUGUUUUGCUGUCAUGUACAAUGGGGUCUGCCACGUCAUGUGCCCACUGGCCAAAGACUAUACUGGCCUGGUUGUAUAUGCUGUAUUCUUUGGACUUGCAUUUGGUAUGGUAAGCAGCGUCCUUUUUGAAACAUUGAUGGAUCUCGUUGGAGCCACAAGAUUCUCCAGUGCUGUAGGACUUGUUACAAUUGUGGAGUGCUGUCCAGUUCUUUUAGGCCCUCCUUUAGGAGGUUUGCUUGUGGACAUAACUGGAAAUUACCAGUAUAUGUAUUUUGUCUGUGGAGUAAUUGUGAUCAUCGCAAGCAUCUGGCUAUUCAUUGGGAAUGCCAUUAAUUACAGGCUUUUAGCAAGGGAGAAAAAAGUAGAAGAAGAAAGGCAAAGGGCACUAAAGAAUGCCGAUUCAAAGGAAGUAGAACCUUUGACCUUCAAAGAAAGUGAAGAAGCAAUCAACAGCUCUAGCAAAUCGCAAGACAGUCUGUCAGAACGAGAAACUAAUAUUUAAUAAGAAAUAUGGUUCAAACUCUCAUAUUUAUGACUUUGAUUAGAAGUACUUCUUCAAAGUACAGGCCAUGUUUUGUUGUAAUAUGAUCAGUUACAAUUAUAGAUGGGAAUAAGAGUUUGCCCCAACUUAAUAUACCAACCAAUUAAACCGUGCUCCAACAGCGGGACUCCAUAUACAGUUGCAUCAUAACUUUUUCUCUUCCUACAAUGUACCUGCAGUACUGCUGUAAUGCCAGGUAUGCUGUAAUGUGCCCAACCACUUACAGUAGGGCAAAGUCUUCCUGCCUUGAAAUAUCUCACAACCUACAUAUCCCAUGUGGGCAUGUUGUUUUUAGAAGCCCUGCAGAACCAGUUCUGUAUAGAAAGGGAAAAGGUUAUGCUGCAGUCCUCCGAAAAAAAUCCACAGCUGUCUUGUUCUUCAUACAUGGAAGGGUCAUAAUUGUGGCAUUGGAUUAUGCCUUUUUUGUGGCAGUGGUUUUACAAGUCCUCUUGAAAUUGGCUUGAGAGUCAAUUCAAAUCCAGACUCUAAUUAAGGUAGAAUUUUAACUGAAAAGUCUUCCAGUAAUAAAAGUCUUGCUUUCUAGUUUUUUUUAAAAGCACUUGUCUGGUAAAGAAAGACAACAGUCCUAAUCCUCAGGAUAUCACUAAUGCGUAUUUGACUUCUUCACAUGUGUAUUUUUGACAUAUAGAAUGAAAUGUGUUGGAGUUCAAUAUGAAAGUAAAAAGUGGAGCAAUUGGUAACAGUGAUCUGAGUAAAUCCUCCCCCAAAAUUGAAUGAAUGUUUAUAGUGCAUUUUCAGUAGAUCAAAAAGGAAUAUCUCUUCUGAUAAAAUUUUAUAUGUGGACAAUGAAGCUAGAAACCAGGAGUAGUGGAUUUUAUGGUUGAAUACAAUUGAUAUUUUUAUGACGGUGAAUCACAAGUUAUUUCCCACUGCUUAAUUGAUUAGAAAUUUAAACAUUUAUGGCCUGAUUCUUGCUGGCAAGCAAAUGAUAAGCUGCCUUCUGCCAAGUCAGACUAAUGGUCCAUCUCACUCAGAAUUGCCUGCACCGAUUGGCUCUCCAAGGUCUCAGGCAGAGAUUCCUUUAACUAGAGAUGGCUGGGAGCAAACCUGGGAUGCUGUGCUUGCAAAACAUCUACUCUGUUGCUAAUCUGUGAACACAGAAUGUGCACAUCAGCUGUUGCAUUAGUACAGAAUCAUAGAUGUACUGGCACAUAUGUUUAGGAUGUGAGAAUAACUUUUGAAAUCAUCUUGCCUAACUCCAAAUCUGUUUGAAACCUCUUCAUGUUUUCUAAUUGUUAAAGCUUACAGUAGAACAUGUUCCGUUACCUUACCAUCUUUUCAGUUCUUGGGGAAGAGCUAUUUUCUUACUGACAUUGGUGGAUUCUGCAUGGUCCAUAUACAGUGGUGUGCAGUCGUCAUAAAUAGAAACACAGGUGCCCAGGGGGUGAUUGCAUGGCUAGGCGCCUGGUGGCCAGCAUGCAAACCAGCUGGGUCGUGGGCCUUCGGAUGGGGCCCAGCGGUUUUUUCCUUGUUGCCUGUCGAGUCCUGUGUAGCCACGCAGGAAUGGACCCAUGAACCCCAACGGCCACGCUGACAUCUCGUGGGACCCAGAUAACAACCCCUGUAUCUGCAUGGCUGCACAGAUGGGAAGCGGAAAGAGAAGAGGUACGCAAGCCCUGCAGUUGGCAUGGCACCCGCUGCACACUGGCGCUUUCUAAAAGAAUUUCUCGUUUAAUGAGUCAUGAAAACACUAUUGUGGGGGAAAUAGGACGUUGCAGCUUUGCUCCAGCAGCAGCUGUGCGAAAUCCUCCCCCACAAUGGUGUUUUUACCAACACCACUGUGUAGGGCCUAUGUGGAAUCCGCAACUCUAAUACAUUUUCUACCAUCUGAUGCUUCAGAGUUAUGGACCACAGGUGUACAGAUAUGCAUAGACUGACUGAGCACUAGAUAAAAUGACUUUGGUGGCUUCUUUUAACCCAUUAUUUGGUGUUUCCUGAAUUAAAAGGUUAGCUGUAAGUUUCUUUAGAAUCAGAACAUCUACUACAAUAGUGGUUUUCAAACUUUAGAAAUCCAAGGGACCCCAUUAUGAUAAACAUCUCUUUGCUGGCUCUCAUGCUUUUCCCUCACAAGAACCUGUCAUGUUCUGCACAGUUGUUUUUCAAAGUGAGCACAGUGACCUGUGCAGGCCCUGUGAAAACUUCUGUCCUAUCACAUCAAAACAGUAGAAUCAUAUAAUCUACACUGUAAAAGUAAGUUUGUGUCUGAGUUCAAAGUGACUGAUUCUGUAAGGCAAAACUUCAAAGACUAUGAUCCAAAUUCUAACCUGUCUAAUCCCUUGAUUGACAGGGCCAAUAUGUAAACACAGUAAGAAACAGCUUAUUGACUAAUAACGUAGAUGUUUGUGUGUGUAAAGUGCUGUCUGGUCACAAUUGACUUAAGGUAACCUCAGCAAGGGGCUUUCAAAGCAAGUGAAUAGGCAGAGAUUAUUUGCUAUUGCCUUCCUCUGCAGAGUCUUCCUUCUGGUUUUCCUUCCAAGUUCCAACCCUGCUUAGCUUCUAGAAUUUGAUGAGAUCAGUCUAUACCAUUCCACUUUUCCCCUCCCCAAUAAUGUAGAUAACGACUAGCAAAACAAGGGUCUGAAGGAGCCAGAACAACUUUCAGAGCUCCUCGCAGGUACAGAAACAGACCAGCAACCCCCCAAAAACUUUCCAGUAUGAAAGUGAAAACUAUUUAUUAUGGCUCAGAAAGUUCAAUUUUAGCCAUGUGGGUACAAGAAGGAAUCUCCUUCCUUCCUUACACAGGACAGGAAUCCCUAGAAUAGCGUCACAGACACCCAGGGUCCCCAGACCCCAUUUUGAGAAACGCUAGACCAGAGUCUGAAGUUUUAAAUUCAACCCAGUCUUUCUGCUUCUGUGGGUCACACUCAGUCAUUUGAAGGUUGGGGGAGCUUUGUUGUCAAGCUGGAAAUUUAAAUUAAGCCAACUGUCUGAUCAAUUGCCCACAAUUCUGGUAUUGAUAAUGCAUAGCAUCACUGCAGAAAGUGAUCAGCCCUGGCCAUACAGAACAUUCCAAUGGAGUUGAAGCAUUUGUGGGCCUUCCUAAAGAAAGUAUCAUCCCACCUUGCAUUUCUAAACUCAGUUUUACAUGACUUCUCCUUUCCAAGCACCUUUGUGGACAGACUUUCUAUCAGUCCAACUUUGCAGUCUAUGGGAAAGAACUGUUAUAAGUUGACUUCAACAGAUCUCCUUUUAAAAGAAGAGUUUGGAUUUAUAUCCCACUUUUUUCCAAUCUUAGGGAGUCUCAAAGUGGCUCACAAAUUCCUUCCAUUCCUCUCCCCACAUCUGACAUCUUGUGAGGUAGGUGGAGCUGAGAGAGUUCGGGGAGAACUGUGACUAGCCUAACUAUCAGGCUAGUUCUCCAGAUCAGAAUCCACCUGCUCUAAACCACUACAUCAUGCUGGCUCCCAAGCAUCAACCCUUAGUCAGUUGCCCAUACUAGAAAUAAACUUAUUAACAGAUGGGGUGAGUGCUGAAGAAGAGAUUAAAAAUAUAAUGCCCCUUAUACUACCUUCUAACCAAAAGCUGGGACAGUCCAGAUUACCUUUUAUCAAAACUUAUGGAUGGGCUUUUCCUCCACUGUCACAUUGCUCCCAUAUACAAUGGGUUUUUUUUCCUGUGCUUAGCAUUCUGUGUGAGAAAAAAGAAUUAUAUUAUCUUCUCAGGUGAAGAUGAGGCUUUAUUUUUUCUUUUCAACUGCUGUGUAUAUGGUAGGUUAUUUAUGUUACUUCAUAGAAGUUAAAUGAUAGACUGAUGACACUAUGACACAAGUGGUGACACUAAGAUCCAAGCCAGCCACUGCUUACCCCACCUUUCCAUUUGCUUAUCCAACUUGGAUUUUUUAUGUGACAUAUGUAACUCAUCACUAUUUUUAAUUCAUCUAACUCUGCUUGCCAUAUCUAAGCAUAUGUCGUGGCUGGUUCAAGUCUACUGUGAAAGAAGUGAGCUAAACAAAACUAUUAUUAUCAACUUCCCUUCUCCAGAAUGUUUACAUCAGUUGACUAUCUGUAGAUCUAUCUGGAACAAUAUGACAUUUAACAUGACAGAUCAAGAAGGGAGAAUUAUAGCUCUGACUACAAAGAUAAGGUCUACAGAACCUGGAGAACCUAGCCUUUUUAAGAAAUAUAUUUUGUAAGGUGGUCUGCUCCAUUAAGAAACAAUGUAAAAUAAAUAGUAGAAUAUUACUAGAAUACUCAUCUGCACAUGAUAGAAUUCUGAACAGCUGUUAGAUCCUGAACUAAAAUCAUCCAAAGUGAACAGCAAUCCACUGUGCCCAUAUAUUUUCUUAUUUUCAGUAAAUGUGAGUCAUGUAUGAAGCAAACUCAAAUUCUGAAUACCGGUAUUUUUGAACUUGCAGAGUUUCAUCUUUGGUUCAUCUAGUUUCUAGUUACUUCCAUCCUUGGAAUCAGAUGGAUUUUGUUAUGUUCACGCAGGCAGAGUCUAUACAGCCACCACUCAUGACCUGUUGUAAGCAUUUUUUUCUUAUUUAUCCCAUUCUUGAUGAAUUCAAAAAAGAGGGGAGGUAAUAUCACUGCUUCUGCCUCCCCUGGCAACACUACCCAGCUCUUCAUAUUCCUUUCUGUAUGGCUUUUAUUCCCUGCCAGGGUUUCCUUGCUCUUUUCAAGGUUUUGAUAUAAGAUUUAAAUCCUUGUAAUCACAUAUACCAAACAGUUUUUCCAGUGCAAUCAACAUGGCAUAGUGCUCACACACUAGAGUAAUUGGCAUUUUCUGAAGCAAUCAGUUUAUUGUGCAGUAAAUUCAUAGUUCCUUAGUGUUGCAGGAUCCUUUCUUCAAGGUAGCUUUUCUCUUGGAUACUAGAUUUUCCUGGCACUCAGGUUUCAAUAUUUUGUGACUGGAAAGAUGAAGUUCAUCCUCCAAAUCAAUGACAAUGUAGCUAGUUCUAUAUAUUAUUUGAGCAUCACAUGUAUUUGUUCCUUUGACUUCGGUAUUGAAAGAUGACCACAUCUGCAUCUUAAAUUAGUCCUUUCUUGGAGCGAAACCCCAUUGAAUAAAAUGGGACUCAUUUCUAGUAGACAUGCUUGAGGUUUCUUUUCAGAUCUGUGUCCUGUUUCUAUUGUCCAUAAAUUUUACAUUUGCUUUAAAAAAGACAGUAAAAAUCAUUUAGGUUGAAAGACUUAUUCAAGUUGAUGAAUUCAAAAGAGGGAGGAGGUAAUAUCCCCGCUUCUGCCUCCCCUGGCAACAAUACCCAGCUCUUCAUAUUCCUUUCUGUAUUUUUAUCCUGCUUUUCCUCCAAGGAGUCCAGGGUAGCAUAUGUGGUUAUUCUCUCCUCCCUUUGAUGUCCACAACAGCCCAGUUAGGCAAAUAAGGAUGAGAAAAAGUGAGUCCAGACAAAUGUGAUAAUUGUACCAAUCUGAUUUCCUGGGUCUUUGUGUGUUUUGGUGGUGGUCAUGUUAUAGAAAAGUGCCCCCCCCCCCCUCUCUGGUAUAAAAUAUUACUUACUCUCCUAUAAAAUAUACAUAUUUUUUAAGAUACAAAUUGUAUGGUAAUACAAUUUUCACCCACCCAUAAUAUGUAGUCAUUUUGUAUUCUGCAUAAAAAGUCAGCCUUCUGAUUUAAAUGUGUGGCUGCUUUGUAUAUUACCACUCAUGAAAAUGAAGCCUACACACAAACAGUUUGUACAUACCUAGGCGCUAUACUCAUAUUGCAACAAUCAUUCAUAAGUGGGAAAGGCAGUGUACUUGUCUCACUUCCCCUCAUUGUUUGUACCACUUCUGCAUCAGCUGAAGAGAUCUAUUAAGGUUCUGCUUAAGAGGUAGUAUGUUAGUGAGCACAAUUCACUGUCAUUGGAUGAAGUGAUAGCCACACUUAUGUGACUUUAAAAGGAGAUUAGACAAAUUCAUGAAGGUGAGGUUCAUCAUCCAGUGGCUCAAUAACUAAAUGAAAACUCCAAUUUCAGAACCUCUAAAUACAAGUGCUGAGGUAAGGUCUUGAUCUCUGUGCCCUGAUUAUAAGACCUCUGGAAACAUCUGGCCGACCACUGUAUAAAACUAAACUAGAUAGACUGAUCCAGCAGGGCUGCUCUUAAAUUACUACAACUCAUACACCUUCCCAAAGACAAGUAGAAGUGUUUCUUAGGUUUCCAGGGGAAAAAGUCCCUGAUUGGAAGAUAUUUAUGGAGGAAGCUGAGGUUUUAGGUGCACAAAUGUUGUGCUAUGCUGCUGUUGAGUAGCUUCUCCUUUGUAUGGAUGAUACAAAAAAUAGUCACGUUGAAAUAGAAAUGGACUUCAAUAAAUCCACUGUUUUUAAUCCAUGAUCCAGUCCUUAAGGGUAACAAAGGACAAAGAACAAAUAUAAACAAAGUAUGGCAACCAAAUAAUCCAGCAUCUAAAGUUACGCACAAAGGGUGGGAUCCAAAAAUAAAUUCCAGCACAAUUCUAACUAUGCUUGCUAUUUUUUGGCACUGCAGUUCCUACUGGUAUAGAGAAAAGCCACUAUUCCACUUUUUGUACAGUGCAAUCCUAAACAGAAUUUCAUCCCAGUGCAUUGACUUCAGUGGAUGUAGAAGAGUAUAACUGGACUUGGGAUUGCACUGGUAAAGGCGAUUAUCACUUCAGCAGCGGGAAUGUCAAUGACCAAACCAGCAAGCAAAAUUCAAACACUUUGGGCAAUUUCUUCCAGGCCCAAAUAUUAUGUCUCUGGAUCCCAGCUCAUAUAUAUAGUUUAGCUGGAAUAUGUAGGUAAUAAAGAUCUUAAACAUGAAUGUAAAUGCCUAUUCUAACAAAGUAAAAAUACCUGAACAAAUCUUCAGUCCAAAAGAAUGAAAGCUGCUUUUAAGCCUUCCUUUAUCAGAAUGUAAUUUUCAUUAUUCAUAUCUGUUUGGAAUGUUUUAUUGUGUUUGGUAAAUAAAAUGUAUUUGUAGUAGAUGAGGAGAAAAAAACUUUUUCUGCAGUUGAAUACUUUACUGUUUUGCUUCUAGCCUUCUGUUAGAUAUCUAUCAAAAGCAAACAUGUAAUAUUUUAUGACCCAGCAGUCCUACUCUGCCUAACCUAUUCAGUGUCACUUGAAAUAUCACUGCAUAUUUUAACUGGUGUCAUAGGAUAACAAACUGCCUUUUUCCAAAUGUGUAUACUUGUUAUGUAGCUGUUUUCUGAACAAAUUGUAUUUAUGGUGCUUUUAAAGCUGAAUUUGCACCCAGAGUAUUACACAACCAGACAACCUGCCCAUAUGGGGAGCAAAUCUCAUCUUGCUUGGAAACCCAUGGUAACUGAAAGUGCUGGCACUAUGAGUAAACCAUAGUGUUUUGAGGGGGGAAAGUUCUAUAUUAGAUUUUAGAGAACCAAGCCUACAUAUUAUUUAAGCUAUGACAGUAUAUUGCUGUUGCCACUAUGCGUGCAUAAAUCAGUCAAACUUGAGCACUUUGAAGGCACAUUAAUAUCAAUGGAAAACAUUAGACACCUUAAAGUUUUCAUUGUAACAAACAAUAAAAUUUGCAAGUUUGAUUGAAUUGUGCCAAUAUUAAUAGUCAGGCUAGGUGGCUUCAGCGAUAUUCUAAAUGGCAAUGGUUUACUCUGGUUUUUGGCAUCACAAGAAGAUCUUAAUUGCUCUGAUUUUUUUAAAAAUGAGCCCUUACAAUCAAGCAGUGGUUUGCUUAUUUAUUGAAGUGCAGUAACUUCAGGCAGUCUGUUGAGCACACAGAACAAAUUCUACAACCAGUUGUGUAUCUCAAGAGAUAUGAGGUUUUUCUUCUCUUCAAUCUUUGCCCUUGCCCUCGAAAGCUCUUCUUGGUCAUAGAACCUACAGCCAAGAUAAUUAUUUCCUUUGCCUCACAUAUAUUAGUUUGUAGUCAUUCUGUCAGUUUUAUUCCUUUAGAACAUUGAAUAUUUGUGAACACUCCAUAUGAUCCAUAUUAGCUCAGCCAACUGGUGCUGGAGCUUUCACUGCCUCCUACAGUAUCUAUUUUUAGUACAUAGACCAACAAUGAAAAACUUUUUUAAAAAGUAUACCGCAUUAAUUCUAAAAUUUUCGUAUCUCACUCUGUACUAAUGAACUGUCCACAGAUAAAUCAGUCUGCAACAAACAGGGGUUCAUCACUGCAGGAGUUUCUCCAUGUCAAUUUAAUGUUCUUUCAAAUAAGAGUGUGACUUCAAAUACUCAAAACAAGGAGACAAAGGCAAGAUGAUAAAUUUUAGGAUAGCAUUAGCAUUAUGUAGUCACUUCCUCUCUUAAAAUCAAGAAAUCAGAGAAGGUUGAUAGAAAACUCAGUUGCUGUUUAGUGACAGUGGACUUUGGAUGUACCAAAGAGUAAUGUUGAGCCUACCAGGGGUGAUUCAAGCAAUAACUUUGUGGGAAGGGGCUAUUUGUGGCAGUAAAGACUGUGCCCCAACAUGGUAAAGCAGUCAUCCAGGUGCUCUCCACCACCAUCACUCCUUGUCACCUUGAGAGCCAGAUUUUAGUUUAGUAGACAGUGACACACAGUUCCCAUGUGUUGAUGAGUUCUGCCCACAAGUCAAGCUGUUUUCAUGAGGAUGGCUUUGUGACCUCUACGUUUCCCAAGGUCUGAGAACAAGGAUAUGAGGAAUAAGUAGUAUGCCUUCCAAAGUGGUUGUGUGAAUCAUCCCACACUAACAAAACUGGAUUAUUCCAGUAGGUUACAGGGAAAUUACAAAGCCUUAUGAUGUUUCAUGAUGUUUCAUACAGACUCUUCCGUGCAGGGAUUAAUUAAGCUAGGAUAAUUGAGCUAUAAAAAAUUGAGUAAUGUGAGGAUUCUACUGAGUUGCACUCAGUUCCAUGGCAUUCUUUAGUAUGAAUUCAAUUACUGUGGCCUAUUUGAUUCUGCAUUGGGUUUGUGGCUGUUGAUAUAUUAAGAAUGUCAAAACUAAAGUUGCAUGAUUGCA